AUGGUUGAGGCUGAUGUAGUCCAGUUCAAGCGUGAAGAACAAGGACCUUUUCUGCAGACAACUCCCGAGCCCCCGGCUAUCCAGGCUCAUGUGGCCGAAGAUGAAGAUUUCUUCGGCGCGUUCGAUCCCCCUUUGCCACCUAUAACCGAACGAGACUGGAACCUAGACGAGGAGAAUCCCAUCCUCCACCGAGAAAGCUUCCUAAAAUGGGUAAUGGGUCGCUACAUGAUGUGGAACCCCAAGGAAGUCAAGAUCACAACUGCCGAGAAUUGUCGAACAUUCUUUAAUCUACCCAGUAUGCCCAUUCCUUCCCCAUGGCCCUCCUCUAUCAAGGAACUAGCGUUGCCCUUGUCACCAUGUUUGAGGGACCCUACGCCUUGGCAAUUUCCUGCAUUUGUUCUUCUAGCCUCUCUAAAGGAAAGAUCCAAAAUAAAUAAUUCGGUAACAAUCAAUACAUUGUUCACGAAGGAGGCAUUAAGGGCCCUUCGGGAGAUGGAAACCGCCUGGCAGAAUCUAGACGUCAGUGAUCGCUGGGAGCUUGAACAAAACAACGACACAGCAAUGGACUGGGUGCCUGAUAAGGCUGUCACACUCCUCAAAGCCAUCUUUCCUUGUGACAUUCCCACGUCCGAUUUCGUGGGCGGCAGCAAGCUAGAUGCUUUGGACAAGUCUACUACCCUUCCCUCCUCAUAG